AUGACAAUCUCCUCGAUCCCAACCGCCCCUAUCACCGACCUCUACCAAAAAUGCAUCGACGCCUUCGAUACCCUCACCCACGCCAUCAGCGACGAAGACUGCUCCAUGAUCCGUCUCGGCCACAUCACGCGCCCAGAAGUGCAGUGCCUAUCCGCGCGUCUUUCCGCCUGGGGCACCUCGCAGAAGGCGAAUUAUCCCGCGCGCACAAGAGGGUCCCUCGAGGGUCACAUCCGCCACGAUGACCUGCUCCUGCGCGUCGUCAAGGGAUGUCUCUCGGGCGUGCGUAUGGCGCUGACGGAGUUGGGGGUUUCUGCGCGGAGGUGUGAGGCUGAGGCUGGGGCUGAGGCUGGCGAGGAUGAUGAGUGCUUUAGUAUGGUUAGUGGGUCAUCGGAUGCGGAUGCGGAUGCUGAACAGGAGCAGGGGAAGCGCCGGUCGAGGAUUCGAACCGCCAUGGACGAUAUCAAGAUGGGGAUUGAUCUUCUGGACAACGUGGCGACGAUGAUUCAGGACGGGGAGGUCGACGAGGGUGCGUUUGCGGAUUUGGGCGUGGAGAUGGAGCAGAUCGUGGGGAUCGUGCGGAGCUGGCGCCGGAAGGUCUAUGCCGAUGCUGGUGCCGAUGUCCCUGCCCCUGCGGGUCUAAUUCCGGGCGACGACUCCGUAGACGACAUUAUGUGGUUCUGUGAGCGGCUUGCGCGCGCGCAGGCCAAGAGGAAAGACGACCAUGCGUUUUACGACCCCGUGGAUGACGCGUACGAUGCUCUGGCGCCGUAUCUGUGCACGUUCGCGGACUGUCGGAUCGGACAGAAGCUGUACAGCAGGGUCGAUGACUGGAUCGGCCAUGAGCAGCAGGUGCAUCGCUUCGAGUAUGUCUGUGACCGGUGCGUUUGCAGGACUCCGGAAAAGCAGGAGUUCGUCGACCAUCUGCGCGAGCACCAUCCGUCUCCGGGAGGGGACCUGUGGGAGCUAGCGGAGACGUUCCGGCGUCAGGGGGAGUAUGAUGGCGAGAAGAGGGAGACUUGUCUCCUUUGUAGGAAGGAGUUUGCGCUGUCGGAUCUGUGCAUGCAUCUUCAGGCUCAUAUGGAAACUUUUUCGGUCCUGGCCUUGCCCGGCUUUGAUUGGGAUAGGGUGGUUUCGGAGGCUACCAGGGAUGAUUAG